CAAUUGUUAUCUCUCUCUCUCUCCUCUCUCCAUAAAAACUCGUUUCUCCCGCUCGUACCUUAGGCCAGAGAAACACGCAAAAAUGAAGCUCGUUUGGUCUCCAGAAACCGCUUCAAAAGCUUUCAUCGAUACGAUUAAAUCAUGCGAAAAUUUCAAAGAAUUCGGCGUCGCCGAGCUUCUUUCCGCUAUGGCCGCCGGCUGGAAUGCCAAACUCAUUGUACAUGCUUGCUCCACCGCCUCCUCCUCCGUCGUCACCACCAUCGGCCUCUCCGUUGCGGCGCGACACACUGGCGGACGGCACGUCUGCGUAUUGGCGGACGAGAGGUCGAAAUCAGAGUACGUGAAGGUCUUGCAGGAGGCCGGCGUUUCGACGCCGGCGGAGAUUGUGGUUCAUGAGGCGGAGGCGGCGAUGGCGGCGGUGGUCGGAGUGGACUUUCUGGUGGUGGAUUGUAAGCGGAGGGAUUUCGCUAGGGUAUUGAGGUUCGUUAACGUGAGUGACAAAGGGGCAAUUUUGGUAUGUAAAAACACGUGGAUUAGAAGCUUCGAGAAGAUUUGCUAUUGGGCGCUCCUCCCGAGGGGGAUACGUGUCGUUAGAUCGGUGAGUUUGCCGGUGGGUCAGGGGUUGAGUAUUAUCCAUGCGGGAUCAUCGAACGGCGGCAGCAGCGUCGACAGUUCGAUCUCGAAGAGCAAACUCAGCCGUUGGAUGAGACAUAUUGAUGAACGGUCCGGUGAAGAACACGUGUACCGGAAGCUAAUCUGAACUGGUUUAUUUGAAAUGAAUCGUAAAUAAAUAAAACCAGGUCGGACUAACCGGUUUGUUUGAGCUGAACCUCCAAAUUCUUGAGAGCAACGUUGUAGACCUUCAUGGUAGUGAGUAGGCAACGGAUACCUUAUUGUAUCUAAUUUGCACCUUUUUGAUCCGAACACUCUCCCGAGUGAGAGUUAUUAGGUACGUCAAAGAUAUGGAAGAAUGCUCGAUUUGUUGAAACUUUAUUUCAGCACUUGCAAAUACAAGUCGAAAAAGGAACUCAAGACGUCAAAUUAAGAUUUGAGAAUAAAAUUUUAGAGGAAC